AACCAAGGCGCGGAGGUGCAAUUCAGGCUGGUGGAGCAGCGGGGGAAGGCAAGGACAGGCGGGGCUAGUGCGGCUCUGCAGCUGAUCACACGCACCAGCACACACACCUCAUCCCUGCUGUCUCUGCUUGAGCCUCGCAGCAUCCUCCAUCCACCCCGGCAACCAAAGCGCGGACAUGGAAUAGGAGAAUCAGAAAGGAAGGCUCAAAUGUUUCUAUUGCGAGGCACAGGAAGAGCUGGAGCAAUGCCAGUGUUUAACCUGAAAGUCUGACCUCGGAUAAGCAGCCGCACUGUCUACUGGAAAGAGGGCAUCGCGCUCCCAGGAACCCCAGAGUCAGGCUUCUGAGUCAGUCUCUGCUUGGAACACCAGGGUCUUUUGGCGGAGGUUGUGUAGUGCUCCCCCCUCCCUGGGGGUGCGGAGGUUGAGGCACCUGCAGUGGCUCUCACCGUGGAACACCAGGAAAAGUAGGAAGGGGUCAGGCAGCCCUGAGCUCAGGGUGCUUGGCCAAACUGCCUCAGCUCCUUGCCGCGGCUCUGUCUGUCCUCUGCUGCUGGGUGAGUGCCCAGGCUCCCAGUGCUCCCCGGAGUGCCCGAGUGGCCUUCAGGCCCCUGGGGGUCCACACUAAGGCUCCGGUGGCGCACGAGGAAACUCGACCGCCCGCGCACGGCAGGAGUACAGGUCUCUGGAGUCCCGGGAGGGGGAUUCUGAGCCAGCUGAGCGUGGGUAGGGGGCGUUGCACCACUGCCCAGCAGACAUGCCUCUGGGCGGGAUUUUGGCUAAAAGAUAGGAGGCGGGAGUGACAAGGGAGGCAGGAGCACUCCGGGGGGGCAGCUGAUCAGGGUGAAGCUGGGAGGGGGGAGGGUCUGAACUAAGCAGGUAGGGCAGCUUAGAAGCUUAGGGAGUUGACAGGUGGGGUGGGACUUGCUUGUCAAAGUCGUUAAUUUUCAGCAGCCAGUUCAGGGGUGCUGCAAGGUAGUCUGGGUGCUGUAGAAAGGUAAGAGGUGGACCGGGAUGCUGGUGGUUGGGAGAGAGAAGCGGGGCCUCAAUGAGCUUGGAGGCAAAGUCGCACUUGAGGUCUUACAGCUUGAAUCCCUCUUGCCUUAAGUGUUGGGGAACACUUCUGUUUUAACACCGCUCUUGGAAAGAAAGCCUCUGUCCCAGGGGAGGAAAGGUGUCUGCAGGGGUAGAGCUUGCUGCUACCUGCAGGGUGCUCCCCAACCCCCCACCCAGGCGCCUGCUUUCGUCCCCUCCCUCCUGCUUUCGUCCCCUGCCCCCACCCCCUUAUUGGUGCUGGUUUGCAGCGCUUGGCUCCUGCGCCUCCGCUUCGUGUUUGAAUCUGGCUCGCCCCUCCAUAUUAUGUCUGCACUCCGAAGGAAAUUUGGGGACGAUUACCAGGUAGUGACCACUUCGUCGAGCGGCUCAGGCUUGCAGCCCCAGGGGCCAGGGCAGGGCCCGCAGCAGCAGCUUGUACCCAAAAAGAAGCGGCAGAGGUUCGUGGACAAGAACGGCCGGUGCAAUGUGCAGCAUGGCAACCUGGGCAGCGAAACCAGUCGCUACCUCUCGGACCUCUUCACCACCCUGGUGGACCUCAAGUGGCGUUGGAACCUCUUCAUCUUCAUCCUCACCUAUACAGUGGCCUGGCUCUUCAUGGCGUCCAUGUGGUGGGUGAUCGCUUAUACCCGGGGCGACCUAAACAAAGCCCACGUCGGCAACUACACUCCCUGUGUGGCCAAUGUCUAUAACUUCCCCUCUGCCUUCCUCUUUUUCAUCGAGACUGAAGCCACCAUCGGCUAUGGCUACCGCUACAUCACCGACAAGUGCCCCGAGGGCAUCAUUCUUUUCCUCUUCCAAUCCAUCCUGGGAUCCAUCGUGGACGCUUUUCUCAUAGGCUGCAUGUUCAUUAAGAUGUCCCAGCCCAAGAAGCGCGCUGAGACCCUCAUGUUCAGCGAGCAUGCGGUGAUCUCCAUGAGGGAUGGAAAACUCACUCUCAUGUUCCGGGUGGGCAACCUGCGCAACAGCCACAUGGUAUCCGCACAGAUCCGCUGCAAGCUACUCAAGUCUCGGCAGACACCUGAGGGUGAAUUCCUUCCCCUUGACCAACUUGAACUGGAUGUAGGUUUUAGUACAGGGGCAGAUCAACUUUUUCUUGUGUCCCCUCUCACAAUUUGCCACGUGAUCGAUGCCAAAAGCCCCUUUUAUGACCUAUCCCAGCGAAGCAUGCAAACUGAACAAUUCGAGGUUGUCGUCAUCCUAGAAGGCAUCGUGGAAACCACGGGGAUGACUUGCCAAGCUCGGACAUCAUACACUGAGGAUGAAGUUCUUUGGGGUCAUCGUUUUUUCCCCGUAAUUUCUUUAGAAGAAGGUUUCUUUAAAGUUGAUUACUCCCAGUUCCAUGCAACAUUUGAAGUCCCCACCCCUCCAUACAGUGUGAAAGAGCAGGAGGAAAUGCUUCUCAUGUCCUCGCCUUUAAUAGCACCAGCCAUAACAAACAGCAAAGAAAGACACAAUUCAGUGGAGUGCUUAGACGGACUAGAUGACAUUAGCACAAAACUUCCAUCAAAGCUGCAGAAAAUUACUGGGAGAGAAGACUUUCCCAAAAAACUCCUGAGGAUGAGUUCUACAACUUCAGAAAAAGCCUAUAGCUUGGGUGAUUUGCCCAUGAAACUCCAACGAAUAAGUUCGGUUCCUGGCAAUUCUGAGGAAAAACUGGUCUCUAAAACCACAAAGAUGUUAUCUGAUCCCAUGAGCCAGUCUGUGGCAGAUUUGCCACCAAAGCUUCAAAAAAUGGCUGGAGGACCUGCCAGAAUGGAAGGGAAUCUUCCAGCCAAACUAAGGAAAAUGAACUCUGACCGUUUCACAUAGCAAACACUUCUUUAGGUAUUAUUUAAGAUUUUGAUUUAGUAUUAGUCCAAUAUUUGGCUUACAAAAUAAUCCUCCCUAGGAAAAUUGAGAGACCCAUCACAGUCCAGCAAGUACAUUUGAGAACUCUUCAUUCCAGUGUUGUUACUGUGCAGAUUAUGAGUUAUGAAGGGAGGUCAUCAUAAGGAAGUUAUUAGUGGGCAUGUAUUAUCACAUCAAGCAUGCAAUAAUGUGCAAAUUUUGCAUUUAGUUUUAUGGCAUGAUUUAUAUAUGGCAUAUUUAUAUUGAAUAUUCUGGAAAAGAUAUAUAAAUAUAUAUUUGAAGUGGAGAUAUUCUCCCCAUAAUUUCUAAUAUAUGUAUUAAGCCAAACAUGAGUGGAUAGCUUUCAGGGCACUACAAUUACGUACGUAUAUACCUACACACAUAUGAACACACACAUGCACAUACACACAUACAUAACAUACCCAUACAAACACAUAUAACUAAUAAAAAUUGUGAUGUUUUGUUCAAAUUUGUAUUUCUUGUGCAUGUUUACUUUAUUAGACUAGGAAGGCUGCUGGCAUUAAUUAUGAAUACCAAAUAUUUUAGCCUUAAAUUAUUUGUUAUUUUAAAAAUAUGAUUUAAAGUUUUCUGCUGUUAAGGUCAUGGAAUCUUUCAAUUGUACUUUGUCAUGAAAGAUCUUCAGAAGUUUGUAGUGUUCACCACACCACAGAGACAUCAUUAUUAAGUAUUUAAUUUGUAAAUUUUAGAGUGUGCCAGUACCUGGUACACACCAUUGAACUUUUCUUAUGAUUUUUAGAAGUCACUAGAACUGGGGUUGGGUAAAUAAAAGUUUAUUAAUUCAUCAAUUAGUCUCUUCCUAGACUAACUAAUAUCUUUAAGUUGGAUUUGUAUGCAAUCUAAUAAAAUAUGAGCUCUGAACAAAUGCUGGAAUCUUUCGAAUAGUCAGUAGCCAGGUUGUAUUUGAAUCUGUCAGAGUUUGUGUGAAAUCUACAGGGUAAUGAUCCCUGUUUCAAAAUGAGUUGAUUGCAAAUCGUCUUCUCAAACUUUUGUCAUUCAUUAAACAAAAAACCCAUAGAUCUUUGAAGAGAUACGAUAGCACAACAAAGCAGAUGAAAUACUCGUGCUUAAAUGUGUAUGUCUAACGGAGAUUUUUUAUGCUGUUCUCUUGUCUAUGGUUAAUGUCAUGAAAGGACAGAAUUUUCCCUUAGCUGGGAACUAUAAUCCCAGGCUUGUCAGUCAUAAUUUAGCACAGAGCUGAAAGAAAUUAAAAUCAAAUGAAUUGACAAUGUUUGUAUACUCAGGAUAUUUUAGUUUUGUUUUGUUGUUGAAGAAUUCUUUUAUUGAUGCCUUGGAUUCCUGGCCUCCAAAAUAAAUUUAGUAGUACUGCUUUUCAACCCCUAAUAUCUGCCUGGAAUCAAACUUGAUUAGUAGUACACUUUUAACAUGGGGUUUAAGGUGAGAAGAUUUUUUUGAAAAUGCAGAAGUGCUUCUUGUGAUAAUAGAAUAUGUUUUUCUAUAUAAUUUCUUUGGAAUUUGCAAUCCAGACUGGCCCAGAAUUAACUCACUUCUCAUUAAUUUGUACAUCACCAAUGGAUGGUCUGAACACACAGCAUUCCUUGUUGUUUAAUGAUCUUGUGAUAAUUUUAUUACAGGCAAAUUAUUACAUCAACAGGAUAUCAUCCACUAUAUCUUCUGGCUACCUCUGUAUCAACCAAAUUUUGUAGGUGCAAACACAUACCAGGGAAUGAUUACUGGAAAAAUGAUCGAUUCUAGCAUCCAUCCACUGUGAACAGAGCAGUUGUCCUACCCCUUGAUCACUAAAUGUUCUUAUUUGCCAGAUGAAGAUGAUAAAAUAUUAGCAGAAAGUAAAGGGGACCAUGUAGCAGUGGAGGAAGCUGCAUAGAUCAUUUAGUCCAACACCUUAAAACUAUACAGAGCCAUAAUAUUCUUUGGAGAGUCAUUUUAAUUUGUUUUUGGUAUUGUGAAGAUGAACCAAAAACAAACUCUCUGGAUUUAUUCAUUUAACAAAAAUUGUUGCAUGCCUUCUUUGUCCUGGGCAUUGUAUUUUUUGUGUUUUCUUUUCAUUUUUAGUUUAGUUCCUGGGGAUAUAUACAUGUACAGUGUAUUAGAAGCAGAGUGUGGAGGAGACAGAAGAAACAGAGAUAGUGCCCAGUAGUCAACAUUUCAAACACGAGAAUGAAAACCGGGUAGAAACGAAAGUGACUGUGAGCUGAUGAGUACAUAGAAGGAUGCAUGUAUGGGGUUGGUUAACAUUAGUAUUGGGAUCUGGAUGACAAAAAGAACCAGUAUGGCCGUAAUAAACCAAUUUAAGAGAAUAGUACACUUUUACCUUUUCCGCAUAAGUGUGGGAAAAGUAUGCUUUCUGCAUGUACUUGCAGUUUAAUCUCACUUCUAGGUUGAUUACAGGAUUCAGACUGCCCAGGAAAAUUGCAGUUUAUACUUGUCGUUCUCAUGUAAUUACUAGUACCCCUCUCUUUAAUUCCUAUUCUGUCCUGGUUUGGAUGAUACAUGGUAAAGUUUUGUUGAUGCUAACAAAAUUAUUGAGUCUAAUAUAUUUGGAAAAAAUAAAGAAUUUGCUUUUCUUCUC